UUAUGGCAGGAGUGCUUGAAACUGUGAGAGAAGAAGAUUAUGUGGAGUAUUAUUUGUUUUCAAAUGACCUGGAAGAAAACUUCUCGAAUGAAGAAAGCCGACUAGCAGCAUUAGGCGACUGCGUUGCCAAAGUGCAGUCAGUAAUAGAUAAAUAUACUCAUCAGUACAUUUGGCAUAAAGAUCCUUUCAACGUGCGAUUCAGGAGCGAAUCGUCAAAGUUUGAAAAUGACGCCAAAGAUUACGUACCUUUGCACCUGCAUGGAAUUGCUCACUUUGGAGAUAACAUUGAAGAUGAAUGGUUUAUUGUGUUUUUACUGCUACAGUUGACAAAAGAGAUACCAGGCCUUGUUGUGAGGGUUGUCGAUUCUGAUGGCGAGUUUUUGCUGAUUGAAGCUGCGGAAUGCCUCCCUCUUUGGGCAAAUCCAGAUACUUGUGAAGGAAAGGUAUACCUCUUUGAGGGAAAAGUCCAUAUCAUUGAAGAAAGGAAAUCUAUUUCCAUACAUCAAGCUGUUAACCGAGUCAGAAACCCUGAGGAGUCUACAGAGGCAUCACAGAGCAUACAGGAUGCCAUUCUUGAGCGAAUUGGAGGAUAUCCAGGAAAAAUUACAGAGCUCCUUCACAGGACUACAGCAUACAUUCCAAUCAGAGUAGCAGCCUUGUUGAAAGAGAAACCUAACCUUAUUGCACCUGCAGUUUUAGCUUUCUGUAACAGGGAUCCCAUUGAUUUGAAGGCUUGCCGUGUUAUGCGAUACUUCCCUCCUGAGAACCGUGUAAUGACAAGUGUGGUAAUGACCCGGUGCCUGUAUGCCAUGCUUGUCCACCAACAGUACCAGCCUGAUCGAAGGACGGGUUGGAAUCUCCCAGCCCCCAGUAGCCCUGAAUACAAGUCUCAUUCACUUGGAAUGAAGAUUGCCUGUGGGGUUGAGAUACUUGCUUCUCAGGCCAAGCCCCCGAGUGUACCUGACACAAGUGGAGAAAUAUUCAGUGGCCGAAGUUGGCAUACGUUUGUUGAAAGUCUGAGGAACCAUGGCUAUUUUCAGGAUGAGCUUGAAGGGUCUAAAGGAUACAAGAAAAAGCUAGAACAAGCUAAGCAGUAUUAUGUGGAACAUAGGGAUAGUUUACACUGCCGUCCUUCAGUGGCCCAAGAAUUGUUACAGAUACUCUCCAACUUAGAUUUUGAUGAAGAUGCCUUGCGACAUGCAGAUGUUCCACCACCUGAUGAUGAUUCUUGGUUAGAAGUGAGUCCAGCAGACAUUGAUCGUAUGUUGGAACAGAGAUAUGGCAGAAAGGAUUUCAUGACAGCAGAUAAGACCUCAGAUCCAUCAAGUAUAUCGGCUCACCUUAGCCGGUUUCUUGAUCACAUGUCAGGUGUCGAAGGGGCUGAAUUUCCUAGUGAUGAUGUGCCACCAAAACGUCCAAAGAGAGGCAUUAAACCAUUCAAGAAUAAGAAUUCUGAGGCAGAUCUCCAGGGUAAUGAAGAUGAAAUGUCGGCCUCGGUUACAGAGAAUAAGAUUGCAUUUGAUCCAGAAGCAUUUUCAUGUGCAGUUCAAAAUAUUCUUGACUUUGCCAUACCAGAAGAUAGCUGGGAUCUUGAAUCAGAUGGAUCAGGAAUGAGUUCUUAUGAAGAUGAACUUGAUAUGGACAUUGAUCAACUAAACAAAGGUAAAGGUGGAGAACAGCCCAAAUCAGAGUUGAAGCAGUACAUGGACCAAAUGGAUCAGGAACUAGCUUCUACCACUAUGGGUCAGAGCUUUGAGAAGUCUGAGAUACCAGAGAAAAAGUGGAAGGAUGACUUUGAAGAUGUUGAGGAUUUUAAACCUGUGGACAUUGAUUUAACUGCUCUGAAGAAUAUAUUGGAGUCAUAUCAAGCUCAAAUGGGAGGUUCUGGGCCUGCUAGCAAUCUUUUGGGUCCAAUGGGUGUGCACUUAAAGACAGAUCCUCCUGAUACAGAUUCAUUACCGGGACCUUGAACAGUAACAUGUCAUUCAGAGAACAAUAAGGCACUCUAGUCAGCUCUUUUUUUUAUUAUUGGAAUUGAAUAAUUCCAAUGCACAUGCCAAUUUUCAAGCCAGAUGAUACACUUUUAUAUCUGAGAAUCUUCAUAUAUUUCCUGUUCUAAACAUUGGUGCUUAUUGUACAAAUAACUGAAAAAAAAUGCAAGGCCAGUCAGAUGUGGAAGAAAGUAUAUUGUUACAGACAGUGAAGGAAUUCAAAUGCAGAAGGUAUACAGUUGUUACAUGUUUUAUUAAAACAAAUCUGAAUAUUGUUGAAGGACAUAUGGCAGGGAAAAAAUGUAUAACGAUCUGUAUAGUGAAUAGAAGUGCAAAUCAGUUCUAGAAGACUCAUGAUUAAAGGUUAUUUUUGCAAUGAAUGAAUUUAUGGUUUAUCAACCAGAUGCUCAGUGAUAUACAAUGUUUACAAUGAAAUGUCACUGUAGUGGCAUUGUUUUGAAGCUAUAAUUUGUAAUAGGAUGAUGAUUUCCUGAUUUAUAUUUAUGCAAGUAGUUUAGUAAUGCGUCACUCUCAAAUUUCUUGAUAAACCAGCUUAAAAAAUAAGUUGUCCUACAUAACUGAAAUUAAACAUUUUUUUAAAAAAUCAGGAAGAAGCAGGGACAAGCCAUUGAAAUCAGCCAGAAAAUUACACACUGUUCUUACAUUUUAAAGUUUAUGUCUGUUGGCUUUAUACUCACAGAAUGAACAAAUUUGCAGUGUUAAAUGGUUUAAACAGGGAACUUUUUUAAUGUGAAGUAUUUUCUUCAUUAUUUUACAAAGUAUUUUUAUCAAAAUUAUGCCCAUAAUUAUUAUUGUUUUGUACAUGCUACAGGAGUCAUAUUAAAAAAGGUGUGAUUAAACAGUCAACUUGUAAUGACACGUGAUCACUGAUGUACUUACUAAUUUUUUGUGUGUAUGUGCACAUAUAAAAUCCAUGGCACCAAAUAAAACACUAAGGAUGUGGACUGUAUUUGACAGAAAGUUCUGUUGAAGUAAAAUGCAACAAUUUUGUAUUUUAAUUUUCUAAAUAAAAUGCUUUUUUCAGGAUA